UCCUUUCUCUCUCGUAUUAUCAUGAUGAUUGUAACAUCGCUUAAAAUGGACGCGUUUGAUCGAUUUAAAUUGCCAUGCGCAGAACGGUGUUGGCACAAUAUAAUCCUAUUGUUUGUUCUAAUAAAUCCACGAUGACUUCCAAUGAUUCGAUAUUAUCCUUUUACGAUGGUCAAUCCCAUUGUUUAGUCACAGAUAUCUUGGUACCUGGUUAUACCAUAGAAGAGGAAUUCAUAAGACUCAUUGGAUUUGCGAACUUUAAAAAAAUCAGAGAUUUUAUUUCUAAAGUUUCUAGCCAUUCAAUAAACUUACACUAUCCCACGUUCGACUUAAAAACUCCCCUUCUAGAAGUUGUUCGUCGCGGCGAUGUUCAAAUUUUGGCGUUACUCAUUGAAAAGAUACCAGUCUGUUUGGAUGAUACGACUACGCAACCUUAUGGAAAAACAGUUCUUAUGAGUGCUGCAUACAUUACCAGAAAUCCGGAAAUAUUACAAUUGCUUUUAAAAAAAGGCGCUGACAUCAAAAAGCUCGAUAAUCGUGGUUGGACUUGUCUUCAAUAUGCCAUAGUUGGAGAACGUUUGAAAAAUGUGGAAACUCUUCUGGAUUUCGGUUUGGAUAUCAAUAUUCGAGAUUACAAUGAUCGAACACCGUUAAUGAUAGCCGUUCUUUUUUCGAACGUGGACGUCCUUUUGCUGCUUUUGAAUCGUGGCGCCGAUGUUACAGCUAAAGAUCAAACAGGCUUCACAGCUUUACAACUUGCGAUCUUGCGAAAAAAGAGAGAUGCUGCUAUUCUUUUGAUUAAAAGAGGAAGCGACGUUAAUCUGUCUACACCAUUGACCAAAAUUUCGCUUCGAAAAUUAUCCGAAAUUACAUUGCCAAACCUGUUACCAUCUAUCCAAUACGAAGAAGAUGCUCUCGAUUGCGAGAAUCAAGAUUGAAUGUGAAAAAUGAUAAAACUAUUAUUUUCAUUUUGAUAAUUAUUGUUUGCAUUUCAAAUAUUAUACAAAUAUAAGUAAUUAUAUUUCAUAGAUUAUAAUAAAUGCGAGUGAG